AUGAGUCAUAUAGAUGGUGAUGAUCAUAUGACCCAAAAUCUUAUGGAUUCUCUACAAUCUAAAGAUAAUGAUUUAUCACUAGUAACAUCAAAUACCCAAAUCCCUGAUGUUGAAGUUGCCAAUUUGACUCAUGACACUGAUGAAAUUAAUCAACUUUUUGAUACUGCAACUACUACGGUUCUUCCAGAUAACAACAACAACAACAACAACAACAACAACAACAACAACAACAACAACAACAACAACAAGAGCAACAAACCAAUAAGUACUCAAGAGUUACAUGAAGAUGAUCCUAAAGCAGUGCCGAAACACAAAUCCACUACUUCAAACGAAGAAUCAACUUCCAAUAGCAAUUCUGUAUCUCCUAAACUCAUUCCAAAUGAUGGGAAAUCAACCCCUACAACCCAAAAAGAACUAAGGCGGAAAUCAACUUUUGUUCCUGUGACAUCAGAUUCCAAACUGUUAGAACCAUCAGAAGAUGAUAACACUAAUUCAAGAAUUUCAGCUUAUGCAAGAUUAGAUUUUGAAAAUUUCACAUUUUUCGUUCAAACUUUGCAAGUAGUAUUAGGAAGAAAAUCAAAUGAUGAAACAUUACAACAAAAUGUCGAUGUUCAUUUAUCUUCUAAAAAAGCCAUUUCUAGACGACAUGCAAAAAUAUUCUAUAAUUUUGGAACUCAAAGAUUUGAAAUCUCAAUAUUAGGUAGAAAUGGUGCCUUUGUUGAUAAUGUUUUUGUUGAAAAAGGUUUAACAAUCCCUUUGACAGAUGGUAAUAAAAUUCAAAUUGGCGAUAUCCCAUUCAAAUUUGUGCUACCUUCCAAUGAACCAAAUGAAGAAAAUAACAAUCAAAAUUCUUCAGAAAAACAAUUCAAUCCAUCUGAUGCUAUUAAUUUAAGAUCAAAUUUAUAUUCAAAAUCUUCCAGUCCUCAAUCAUCACCGAAAAAGAAAGUCCAGGUUUCCAAAAAAGUGAAGAAAGAGUCUAUAAGCGCGUCUGAUACUGCAAAGGAAACAAAACCUACACCAGGACCCGCUACCACUGCUAUAUCCCCCAAAUCAUCAUCAUCUCCAGCUACAUCAACUACCACAUCCACAACCACAGCUUCGACUUCGACUUCUGCGACUGCGCGGAAAAAUUCAAUCAAUAGAAGGAAUUCUCUACUAAAAAUUAGACGAUUAUCAAAUGCUAGAAGAAAAUCGUUAGCAGCCAAUGAUGAAAUUAACGAAUUAUUGAAAGAUUUAGGUGUUACAUCGAUUGACGCAAUAAAUGAAGAGGAUUCUGAAUUAUUAGAUGCACAAAUCCAAAGUUUAUUAGAUGAAGAUAGUGAAAAUUUGGGUGGAAUAGAAGAUAGUUUAAUGAAGUUGGCUGAAUUUAAUGAAUCAGCUAUUGAUGAUGGCGAUAAUGAUGAAGACGAUAAGAACAACAACGAUAAUAAUGACAAUAAUGAUCAACCAGAUAUAGACGGACUUGUGAAAUCCAUGGAACAUGAUGCUAUUGAUGAUGAAAUCAAAGCAAUAGAUUCAAACUUGACUUUAUUAGAUGAUGAAAUUGCUAAAUUGACACCUCUUAUUAAUGAUACUAAUCAAGGGUUAUUAGAAGAAAAAGAAACUAAAAAGAAACAAUUGGAAGAAGAAAAACGAAAGAAACAAUUACAACAAUUACAACAUAAGAAUUCAUUGGCGAAAUUUCCUCGUCGAUCAGCACCACUUAUGGGUAAACCUGCAUCAAUUCAACCACCGGCAUCAUCAUCAAUAUAUAGUCGUAUCAAUGGAUUAGAUAAGAUUGGCAAAAUAGUACCACCACGUCCACCACCACCAAAAUUGAUGGCUCCUGUGUUACGAGUUACAGCAGAACCAUCAGCUAUACGAUCUCGACCACCUCUUCGUGCCAUCACCGUUAGUGACUCAUCAUAUAUUGCUACUUUUUCCUAUCCUAAAACAAUUGAGGAACCUUCAAAAUAUCCUAAACCUAAAUUGAAAAAAGAACAUCACAAGAAACAAUCCAAGAAAGUUUAUUCUCUUGAUGAAAUACCAGAACCAUAUCGUUCGAAACCAAAUAUUGCUUUCCAAACCAUGAUUACUAAUGUUUUGAAAACUGAAGCAGCAAGAAAUGGAUUAACCAUCAAUGAAAUAACUGAAGCCAUUAAAGAAGUAUAUCCAUAUUAUAAAUAUUGUACUGAUGGUUGGCAAUUUUCUAUUAAUCAUUGUAUCAAAUUCACUAAGAUUUAUAAACGACUUCAAAAAAGAGGUUCGGAAUGGUUAUAUGCCAUGGAUGAACUUUAUAUAAAUGAACGUGAAAAUAUUAGAAUUAAACAAAGAGAAAUGGCUAAAGCUAAGGCUAAAGCUGAGGCGUUAAGACAAGAAGAAAUCCGACAACGUCAAAGAUUAGAAGCACAAAAGGCAUUACCUCAUAAUAUUGUUGGAAGAAAUUUUGCUCUGCCUUAUCCUAACACUAGAGUUCCACCAAAUCAAUACAACCAAUUUUCCCCGUCUUCUUCUUCUUCAUCAUCAUCAUUAUCAAAUGGUCAAUAUGGAUCAACAACAAUGGUGGGAGGAACAUCACCUCAAACAGGCACUAUUAGAGCUCAAUUAGCAGCUGUAAGAGGGAAUACAAAUACACCUCUGUCUCCAAAUCCUUCAUUACCAGCCAUGAAUGAUCCUAAAACUAAAAAAUCAUUAGAAUAUUUACAAAAGGAAUUAUUUACAUUAUACAAGGCAAGGAAAUUAACUUAUGACACUCAAACGGCAACAUCACUUAUCACUAAAGCAGUUGCUACCACUAUUGCUCAAGUUAAUAGUAUUGGUGCUAAAGCAGGAGCCGGUGAUAAUGCAUUAGUAUUUUUGGUGGAAAGAGCCCCUGAAAAAGUUAGUAAAAUUUUAGAUAUUGCAUUAACAAAAUCAAUUAAAGAACAUGAAGGAAUUGCUUCAAAAUCACCAAGUCAACCAGCAACACCUGGAAUGAGACCAGCACAACUCACCACCACAACUUCGCAAACAACAACACCACAAACCAGUAAUGUGCAAUCACUUCCUAUAAAACCACCAAUAUCAACUCCAUUACCACAACAAGUUAGUGGGGUAGUUAACCUUCCAGGGCCAAUUGCAUCACCAAAUAUAGGAGUAACUAGUGGGUCUGGUAAUUUAGGUACACCAACACCAACUACUAGUGUUACACCUGUUAUGCAACUGCCACAAAAGCCGGUAUCACCAGUGACUGUACCUGUGCCUUCAGCUCCUUUGGCAAGACCACCACUGUUUGGGAAGCCACCAGGAUUGAAACCAGAUUCAUUAGGUCGUCCUAAAGCAUUUGGGAAACCACCAGGUGCUGGUAGUUCAUUAUCUCGUCCACCUACAUUUUUAUCCAAUAAACCAAGUUAUAAAAGAGAACUUGAAGAUGAAGAGAAUGAUCAAGCUAAUAAGAUUGCCAAAACAGAAUAA